AUGAAAAGAAAGAGAAACACACUUCCUGAAAGUGAAGAUGAUGCUAGUUUUGUCAAUAACAGUGAUUAUUCAGUAUUAGAUAAAUCACAUACUCAACAGACCCUUGAUGGUCCCUUUGAUGUACAUAAAUCAGAGUUGGAUCAUAGCAUUGAAGAAACAAAUGAAACAAAAAUGAUUUCCCACAAUGCCCGUGAAACAUCUACCAAUAUUCAGCUCGUAUCACCAAAGGACACAAAUGACUUGAAACUGCAGUCUGUUCAGAGUGAGACUGGUCAAUCUGCCGGCGAUGAAAGUGAUCCCGUUCUCCCUAAAAAUUUGGAGGCACCUACUACUUCAGAAGCAAAGAUGUAUAGUUCGCCCUUAUCCCUUAGUGCACAUGAUUCAAUAAUACAAGACAAUAAAGCUAUGCAAGAGAAGAGAAAUGAACCAAGAUUGAUCAUAGAUCGAUUAGUACUUACUGAUUUCAAAUCCUAUGCUGGGAAAAAAGUAAUUGGCCCCUUUCACUCAUCGUUUUCUGCUGUGGUGGGUCCUAAUGGAAGUGGGAAGUCGAAUGUGAUCGAUUCUAUGUUGUUUGUUUUUGGAUUCAGAGCAUCCAAAAUGAGACAAGGCAAACUAUCUGAAUUAAUUCACAAUUCAGGAGAUCAAAGACCCAACUAUUGUCAAGUUGACAUUCAUUUUCAAAUGGUAGUCGAUGAUUUGGUGGUUCCCCAAAAGGCAGAUAUAGUACCUGACUCGGAGUUGAUUAUAUCAAGGAAAGCCUUUAGAAACAACCAAUCACUGUAUUAUAUUAAUGGAAAGACAAGCAGUUACUCAGAAGUCACCACUUUGCUUAAAAAUAAGGGCAUCGAUUUGGAUCACAAGAGAUUUCUUAUAUUACAAGGUGAAGUGGAAUCUAUUGCUCAAAUGAAACCCAAAGCGGAAAAAGAGAACGACGAUGGAUUGUUGGAGUACCUUGAAGACAUUGUUGGAACCUCAAAGUACAAAAAGUUGAUUGAGGACAGCAUUGUUCGUAUAGACGAAUUGAACGAUAUAUGUUUGGAAAAGGCCAACAGAUUUGACUUGGUUGAGAAAGACAAGGAUCUAUUAGAAGAAAAAAAGGUUGAAGCUCUUAGAUUUUUGGAACUAGAGAAGAAAUUAAUAAAUUGCAAAAGUGUUCAGUUUCAAAUUGAGAUUCUGGCACAUCAAAAGAGAAUAUCAGUCAAACAAGCAGAGGCAGAUGCCAUCCAAAAGGAAUUAGAAGAAAACAAGGAAUCCAACAAAGAGAUUCUUGAAGGAAUUGAAAAUGAGCUUAACGCACAAAAGGAAAUCGAACACGAUAUCAAAGUCUUGUCAGGGGAGAUUGACAGUUUAGGGAAGAAUAGGAAAGACAUUAGUAAGAAAAAUGUUUCCUUGGAAGAAAAAUCCAAAAACAAUGCCAACAAAUUAAAGAAAAUCCAAAAGAGUUUAGACCAUCUGAAACAUACGGUGAGCAGUUCUAACCAAAAACUUUCCAAUUAUGCUGUUACGACUGAGAAAUUCAAAUCUGAUAUAGACCGUCUAAAUAACGAACUUGAAACUGAGGAAGCCAGGUUAAACGAUAUAAGGUCAAGCUUGACUGAAAAGACUUCUGACUUUACAAAAGAAAUACAACUGCUCCAAAAGAGUUUGGAUCCGUGGGAUUCUAAAUUGAAAGAGAAGGAAAAUGAAAUAAAGCUUGCUGAAUCUGCAAUAGAAAUAUUGCGUAGUCAAUUGAAUAAUACCACAAACCAGUUGGAAGAACAUAAGGAACGCUUGAUUCAGAUAAAAAAGUUGGGGAAGGACAAAGAGAUUGAAUACAGAGAAAACGAGUCUAAACUCGCCAAAAUAGAGGAGCAGAUUGCUUUAGGUGAAGAACAAUGUCAUACAGCUAAAAGCGCCUUAGACAAUUUCAAAUCACAGCUUAUGAGUUUCCGACAAAAAACACAGGAUUCGGCAGCAGUUGUCCACAAUAACCAGAAUAAAAAUAAGGUGCUAACGGCAUUACUUAGAUUGGCAAAUUCUGGCAGAAUACAAGGAUUUUAUGGGAGAUUGGGGGAUCUUGGGACUAUUGAUCAAAAGUACGAUGUGGCGAUUUCUACUGCUGCACCAGGGUUAGAUUCGAUGGUUGUAGAGACCGUCGAGACAGCACAAGGGUGUAUUGAAUAUCUACGGAAAAACAAAUUAGGGUAUGCAAAUUUUAUUUGUUUGAAUAAAUUGAGAAAGUUUAACUUAGCACCUAUACAAACUCCUGGUGACCCAAGUAGUAUCAAAAGAUUGUUUGAUUUAAUACAGCCAUCGAGUUCUAAGUUUGCUCCGGCAUUUUACAGUAAAGUUUACAAUACAUUGGUGGCACCUAACUUGAACGAAGCCAAAAAAGUUGCCUAUGGAGCCAAGAGAUGGAAAGUUGUAACCUUAGAUGGUAAAGUUGUUGACACAUCAGGUACAAUGUCCGGAGGUGGUAAUUAUGUAUCUCGAGGAGCUAUGAGACUAAGUGAUUCUUCCAAUUCGAGCGACCAAGUUAUCACCGCAGAUGAAUUGGACAAAAUGAACACAAAGUUACAAGAGAUGGAAAACGAGUUUGAGCAAAUGAAUUCAGACUAUAAUGAAAAAAUUGCCAUGUUGAAUAAAUUGAAAGCCCUCAAGCCGGAAACAGAAUUUGCCAUAUCCAGGUUAAAGUUGGAUAUACAGUCAUUGGUAUCAGAAAAGAAAGAGGUUACACAGAUUUGUAAAAAUUUGAUAGCUGAACAGCAAAAAUUGGAAGAGAAUAACCCUUUUGAACAACAGUUGGUUGAAAAGGAAAAAGAGUUGGAAAAAUUAGUAAAUGCCAAAACCCAAAUUAAAGAGCAAAUGAGUGGAUUUGAACAGAGAAUUUCUGUUUUGGAACAAAAGAUCAUGGAUGUUGGUGGUGUAGAGCUAAAAGUACAAAGUUCGAAAGUUGAUUCUAUUAAGCAACAGAUAUCAAUUAUCCAUGAGAAAACUUCUGGCGAUAGAAUGACCGUGAAGAAAUUAGAGAACGAAAUUAACAGGCACACCAAAUUAAUUGAAUCCUUAACUAUUGAACAAGAAGAAGCCGAAGCUGACUUAGAGAAAAUAAACGAGCAGCAACGUUCUCUUUUAUCAAAAUUGGAAGAAGUGAAUUCAAAACUUAAAGAGCUUGAAGAUGAACGAAACGACAAAGAAGACAAGUUGGAAAAAAUGAAACACGACCUUGAAGAAAAACAGGAGCAAAUCAAUAAAUUUAAACUGGUUGAGAUCGAACUUUUAAAUAAAUUAGAGAAAUGUAAGGGAAUCCUAAAGGGCUUAAACCAGGCUAUCGAACAGAACAAGGAGGACUUAGAUGCUUUGGUCAUAAGGGACGUCGAACCUUAUAUAAGCUGGCUUGACGAAACUGAGCAGAAGAAAUAUAAUGGUGCUUUGAUUGACACAUUAUCGGAAGAAGAUAUAGCAGACGUGGAUUUGGAGGCUGUAACCAGUGAGAUUGAAGAAUUGGAGAAUUAUAUGGCAAAUGUCAAAGUUGAUAUUGAAAUACUAAAAGAGUAUGGUGCCAAGAUUGUUGAAUACAAUGACAAAAAAAGCGACUUGAACCAGGCAGUUGCAGAACGUGACAGUAAGAAGAACUAUUGUGACGAUUUGAAGCGCAAAAGAUUAGAUGAGUUUAUGGUUGGUUUCAACACAAUCUCUAUGACAUUAAAGGAUAUGUACCGUAUGAUUACCAUGGGCGGGAAUGCUGAAUUGGAAUUGGUGGAUAGUUUAGAUCCAUUUUCAGAGGGUAUAUUAUUUAGUGUUAUGCCUCCCAAAAAAUCUUGGAAGAAUAUUUCCAAUUUAUCAGGUGGUGAAAAGACAUUAAGUUCAUUAGCAUUAGUAUUUGCAUUGCACAAGUACAAGCCCACGCCGCUUUAUGUGAUGGAUGAGAUUGAUGCUGCUUUGGAUUUCCGAAAUGUUUCCAUUGUGGCCAAUUACAUCAAGGAAAGAACUAAAAAUGCCCAGUUUAUCGUGAUAUCGUUGAGAAAUAACAUGUUUGAACUCGCACAGCAAUUGGUUGGUAUUUACAAAGUCAAUAACAAGACUAGUAGUGUUUCACUAGCAAAUAUAGAAAUGCAUCUAGUGUAA